ACGACAGAAACACAACUUAGUAACAGACAGACAGACAAACAGGUAACAGGGAAAUAAAACGGCAGCAAGGACAAGUGAGACAGGUGGGAACAUUCAGAGGACACAGUUAGCUGCAGCCAUGAUGAGCAGAAAAAUGUCAUUUUUUGAGUUUUGGAAGCACAACAAGGAGAGAGGAACUCUUCUGAAGAGAACCAAACAGCUAAGACUUCAUCCCUCACAGCUUAGGCAGUUGCUAGGCGACUGUGGAGUUCGGGUGGCCCUGCAUGAUGCCAGGAUGGCACCUCUGCUGCCCCCUGUUGGUUCAGAAGUCUUCAGACGCUUCACACCGACCUCACUGGAGGAAAUCGAACGACGACAUGAAGCUGAAGAGAAGGAGCGACAGAGGAAGAAGGAGAAGAACAUCGAGAUAGCAGAGGAAGAUCUUCCUAAACCAGCCAGUGACCUGGAGGCUGGGAAGCCCCUCCCAUUCAUCUAUGGAGACCCGCCCCCUGAGCUUCUCAACAGCCCAUUGGAAGAGCUGGAUCCCUUCUACCAAUCACAGAAGACGUUCAUUGUGCUCAGUAAAGGAAACAUCAUCUACAGGUUUAAUGCUGAGCCAGCCUGUUACCUGCUGAGUCCAUUCAGUCAUCUGAGGACCAUCGCCAUCAGGAUCCUGAUCCAUUCUUUAUUUAGUUUGUUCAUCAUGGUGACGAUUCUGACCAACUGUGUGUUCAUGACGAUGAGUGAUCCUCCAGCAUGGAGUAAGACUGUGGAAUACGUGUUUACAGGCAUCUACACAUUUGAAGCAAUGAUCAAAGUUUUGUCCCGAGGAUUCUGUGUCGGAGAUUUCACCUUCCUCAGAGACCCCUGGAAUUGGCUGGACUUCAUGGUCAUCAGCAUGGCAUAUCUGACGGAGUUUGUAGAUUUGGGAAAUGUUUCUGCGUUGAGGACAUUCAGAGUUCUUCGAGCCCUGAAGACCAUCACAGUCAUCCCUGGUUUAAAGACAAUUGUUGGAGCUCUCAUCCAAUCAGUGAAGAAGCUGGCUGAUGUCAUGAUCCUGACCGUGUUCUGUCUCAGCGUCUUCGCUCUGAUUGGUCUGCAGCUCUUCAUGGGAAACCUGAGGCAAAAGUGUGUCCUGAUUGUAAACCAAACAUCUGACAACUUUGAUUAUCAUGAGUACAUCAGCAACACAGAGAACUACUAUUACCUGCCUGGUCAGCUUGAUCCUCUGCUAUGUGGAAACAGUUCUGAUGCCGGGGUCUGUCCGGAGGGUUACAUCUGUUUGAAGGUGGGGAGCAAUCCAAACUACGGCUAUACCAGCUAUGACUCUUUUGGUUGGGCGUUCCUGGCUCUGUUCAGACUGAUGACCCAGGAUUUCUGGGAAAACCUCUUCCAUUUGACGUUGCGAGCGGCAGGUAAAACCUAUAUGAUCUUCUUCGUGGUCGUCAUCUUCCUUGGCUCAUUUUAUCUCAUUAACCUGAUCCUGGCUGUGGUUGCCAUGGCGUAUGCCGAGCAGAACAAGGCCACCUUCGCCGAGGCCAAACAGAAGGAGGAGGAGUACACUGAGAUCCUGGAGGCACUUAAGAGGAGAGACGAGGAGCAGGCAGCCUGCAGGACAGAGCUCUCAGAGAAACCAGACUCAACCCACACAUCCGUUGAAGGACAGGGACAUGAGCAAGAAUGCACUGCCAAGGAAGACCUUGAGGAUGACCGGAGACCGUGUCCCCCAUGUUGGUACGCCUUCGCUGACAUUUUCCUUAAGUGGAACUGUUGUGGCUGCUGGCGGUGGCUCAAACAGUGGCUCUAUACUAUUGUCAUGGACCCGUUUGUAGACCUUGGCAUCACCAUCUGCAUCGUCCUCAACACCGUCUUCAUGGCCAUGGAGCAUUAUCCAAUGACGGCGGAGUUUGAGGAGCUGCUGAGCAUUGGAAAUCUGGUCUUCACAGGGAUCUUCACAGCUGAGAUGGUCCUCAAACUUCUGGCCAUGGAUCCGUAUUAUUACUUCCAGGUUGGCUGGAACAUCUUUGACAGCAUCAUUGUCACCAUGAGUCUGGUGGAGCUAGGAUUGGCUAACGUUCAGGGUCUGUCUGUGCUGCGCUCAUUCCGAUUGAUGCGAGUCUUUAAGCUGGCCAAGUCAUGGCCAACCCUCAACAUGCUCAUUAAAAUCAUUGGGAACUCGGUGGGUGCUCUGGGGAACCUGACUCUGGUUCUGGCCAUUAUCGUCUUCAUCUUCGCCGUCGUUGGCAUGCAGCUGUUUGGGAAGAACUACAAAGACUGCGUCUGUCGCAUUGCAGAGGACUGCGAGCUCCCUCGCUGGCACAUGAACGACUUCUUCCAUGCCUUCCUCAUCAUCUUCAGGAUCCUGUGUGGAGAGUGGAUCGAGACCAUGUGGGACUGCAUGGAGGUCUCUGGUCAGGCCAUGUGUCUGAUGGUCUUCAUGAUGGUCCUGGUCAUCGGAAACCUGGUGGUCCUGAAUCUGUUCCUUGCCUUGUUGCUGAGCUCAUUCAGUGGUGAUAAUCUGGCUGCUCCAGAAGAUGAAGGUGAAAACAACUUGCAGAUCGCCAUAAAUCGGAUCAAAGGAGCUGUUGCCUGGACAAAGUCCUGGAUCCUAGAGCAUAUCAUGACUUUAUUGGGAAAGAAGAACCAUGUUAACCCAGACCACAUCGUGGUUGACAGUAAAGAAGAUGACAAGAAUACGAAGGAGGUUUUGCCUUUGACGUUUGUGACCUCACACCAGCCAGUGUCAGAGGUCAACGCCCUUAGCUGUAGCCAGGGCAACCUGACCAGCAACUACCAAAACAUCAACUUCCUGAGAGUGCCCAUUGCCAAGGCUGAGUCUGAGUCUGAUUUCGAGACACCUGAAAAUGAAGAUGAGGAUGAGGAUGAAGAGGAAGAAGAGAAAGAAAAGCAUUCCGAAUGUGACGAGUCGUCAGUCUGCAGCACUGUACAGAAACUUCCUGAAGUCCAGGAGGAUAAAGACGAUGAAGCUCAUGAUUCAAACACACCUGAGGACUGCUGUACCGAAAAGUGUUAUCAUCACUGUCCACUCCUCGACAUAGACACGUCCCAGGGCAGGGGGAAAGUCUGGUCUAACUUCAGGAGAACCUGUUACUCCAUCGUAGAACACAACUACUUUGAGACCUUCAUCAUCUUUAUGAUCCUGUUGAGCAGUGGAGCUCUGGCAUUUGAGGACAUCUACCUGGAGCAGCGUCGUUUUAUAAAGACGGUUCUGGAGUAUGCAGACCAGGUGUUCACCUAUGUGUUUGUGGUGGAGAUGAUUCUCAAAUGGCUCGCCUAUGGAUUCAAGACCUACUUCACCAAUGCCUGGUGCUGGCUGGACUUCCUCAUUGUAGAUGUGUCUCUGGUGUCUCUGACAGCAAACAUCCUAGGAUACUCUGAGCUGGGAGCCAUUAAGUCUCUAAGAACUCUAAGGGCUCUUAGACCCCUGAGGGCCCUGUCCCGCUUCGAGGGCAUGAGGGUGGUGGUGAAUGCUCUGAUUGGAGCGAUCCCUUCCAUCUUUAACGUUCUGCUGGUCUGUCUGAUCUUCUGGCUGAUCUUCAGCAUCAUGGGAGUCAAUCUGUUUGCAGGAAAGUUUUAUUACUGUUUCAAUGAGACAUCACAGGAGAUGUUUCAUCCUGACCAGAUCAACAACGAGACUGAGUGUUUAGCUCUGAUCAGUGAAAACUUCACUGAGGUCCGCUGGAAGAACCUGAAGGUCAACUUUGACAGUGUGGGAAUGGGCUACCUCUCACUGCUGCAAGUGGCAACAUUUAAAGGCUGGAUGGAAAUCAUGUAUGCUGCAGUUGACUCCAGAGAGGUGGAGUCCCAGCCAAUGUACGAGGAUAACUUGUACAUGUACCUAUACUUCGUCUGUUUCAUCAUCUUUGGCUCCUUCUUCACCCUCAACCUCUUCAUAGGAGUCAUCAUCGACAACUUCAACCAGCAGAAAGCCAAGUUGGGAGGAACAGAUAUUUUCAUGACGGAGGAGCAGAAGAAAUAUUACAAUGCCAUGAAGAAACUGGGCUCUAAGAAGCCUCAGAAACCUGUUCCACGACCUGAGAACAAGUUCCAGGGUCUGGUCUUUGACCUGGUGACAAAACAGUUUUUCGACAUCUUCAUCAUGGUGUUGAUCUGCCUCAACAUGGUGACCAUGAUGGUGGAGACAGACGAGCAGAGCCAUGAGAAAGAAAUCAUCCUGUACUGGGUCAAUCUCACCUUCAUCAUCAUCUUCACCACAGAGUGCUCUCUAAAGAUCAUUGCGCUCAGGCAGCACUACUUUGCUGUCGGCUGGAACAUUUUUGACUUUGUGGUCGUCAUCCUGUCCAUUGUAGGCCUUCUCCUUGCUGACAUCAUAGAGAAGUAUUUUGUCUCGCCCACGCUCUUUCGUGUGAUCCGAUUGGCUCGAAUCGGUCGAAUCCUUCGUCUCAUCCGGGGAGCUAAGGGGAUCCGGACACUGCUGUUCGCCCUGAUGAUGUCACUUCCUGCCCUCUUCAAUAUAGGCCUCCUCCUCUUCCUCAUCAUGUUCAUCUUCUCCAUCUUCGGGAUGUCAAACUUUGCUUAUGUGAAGAAGGAGGCCAUAAUGGACGACAUUUUUAACUUUGAGAACUUUGGGAACAGCAUGAUCUGUUUGUUUAUGAUCACCACGUCAGCUGGAUGGGAUGGUCUGCUGAGUCCCAUCAUGAACACCAUGCCAGACUGCGACCCAGACUUUGAGAACCCGGGGUCAAUGGUCAGAGGGAACUGUGGCAGCCCAGCGGUAGGAAUAGUCUUUUUCACCACCUACAUCAUCAUGUCCUUCCUAGUGGUGGUCAACAUGUAUAUUGCCAUCAUCCUGGAGAACUUCAACGUGGCAACAGAGGAGAGCACCGACCCACUGUGUGAGGACGACUUUGAGAUGUUUUAUGAAACCUGGGAGAAGUUUGACCCUGAUGCCUCGCAGUUUAUACAGUAUAGUAAGCUGUCAGAUUUCUGCGACACUCUACAGGAUCCUCUGAGGAUUCCCAAACCCAAUACCAUCAAACUGAUCCACAUGGAUCUGCCUCUGGUUCCUGGAGACAAGAUCCACUGUUUGGACAUCCUUCUUGCACUCACUGCACAGGUGUUGGGUGAUUCAGGAGCAAUGGACACUCUCAAAGCCAGCAUGGAGGAGAAAUUCAUGGCCAACAACCCCUCAAAGGUGUCGUAUGAACCGAUCAGCAGCACUCUGCGGAGGAAACAGGAGGAGGUGGCGGCGACAGUGAUCCAGCGAGUGUACAGGAAACACCUCCUGCGGCGGACGCUCAAACUUGCGUCCUACAAAUACCGCGAGAAGACAGAGGGACAACGAGACAAGGAUUCACCGCCAGAGACAGAAGGACUUCUCUUUAAUAGGAUCAGUCAGCUUUAUGGAGAUGGCCAGGACAGACAGGAGCCUGGUUCUGGUGUUUCAGGUGAGGACCCACCUCCUCCCGCCCGGGUGGAGCUUCAGAGUGAGUUUCUCCUACAUACUGCUCCUCCCCUCAACACCCCUUACUUCCUGCGACAUGAGAACCUGAGGGAGUCUAUCGUGUGAUUACAGCUUAUGUUUAAUGUUUCUCCUGUUUCUUCCUUUUCCUCUGCACCGCGUGAACUCACCUGUGGAGUGUUACCUGUUGGAGGAGCAUCAGACUAACCUGACUAAUCUGUAAACUCAAGCCUCUGUAAAGACUCAGCAAAGCAACAGAUCACAGCAGAGAUAACUCAAGUUAAAGUUCAUCAGGCUGAUAAGCGAACAACCAUUGAUGACUAAAAAGCUGCUGCAAGUUGAUUCUGUGCUCCUGUUCUGGCAUUGCACAUGAAAUGUUUUAUCACUGCAUCUUCAUUUUCAUCUGUGCUGAAGGAGUUCAGGGGCUCCUUAGUUUCCUAACAAAUUUCAGUCUGUCGAGGCUCACUGGGACACUUAAACUUUAAAAAUAAACUCAAUCUAACUACUUAUCCAGGUUAUUAGAAAUACUAAUGUAACACUUAUUAUUAUUAUUUUAUCAGUAAUCGGUGAUUGUUGACUAUUAGUCCCAGACCAGGUUAUUGUUACCUGUUCCCAGGUGUUGAUCAGUCGGAUUGAUCACCUCAUAGCUCUGACUGGUCCACAGUGUUUUUAACAUGUUCAGGAGCUGCCUGCUUUGACCAGGAAAGUCUUUUUAUGGACAUUUGAGAUGACCAAUCACAUGAUGGUAUUCAGUCGUAAAACGGUUCAAGAGAAACUAAUGCUACUGCUCAAACAAUAACUAAUUUGAUUCUUUAUUCAAACAGUUGGAGAGAAAUGUGUUUGUGUGUCAUCGAUCAUUAAACAAACCAGAGUUUUUGUUUGCGACAAAGUUUGUUUUCCAGCAAACUGAUGAAACCAGCUAACAAGAAAAUACAUGUCAUUUAUUACAGCUUCAGAAGUGAUUGACAGAGCAGGCAACCAGUGGUGGAAAGUAACUAAGUACAUUUACUGAAGUACUGUAUUUUAGUACAAUUUUUAGGUACUUGUAUUUUAUUUAAGUAUUUCCAUUAUAUGCAACUUUAUACUUCUACUCCUGUACAUUUCAGAGGAAAAUACUGUACUUUUUACUGCAGUACAUUUAUCUGACGGCUCUAGUUACUAGUUAAAAAUAUAUUAUAAGCUUACAGAACAUUUAUAGACAGAUUAUACCAGAGUUUCCAACCUUUUUGGCUUGUGACCUCUUACAAUAAAUCAGUGUGUAGUUGUGUCUCUUGUCAUUAUUUUUAGUCUCUGAGUUGUAAUCAUUUCCAGCAAACAGACAUUUUACCUCUAAAAUUCUCAAAGGGUUUCAUUUCCUUCAUUUUCUUCUUUCCUCUCCCAAUAAUCAUCUGACGACCCCUCAGAU